AUUUGGCUAGAGUCUUUGGUUGUGGAAGGGAGUGUGCUGAAAUGGACUUGUGGGUAGUUGCUACUGCUGCUGGUGCUGGAUACUUAGCCAAGUAUUGGCAGAAACUGUUGAGGGAUGGGAAUAGCUCAUCUCAAAUGUCUUCUAGGAAUUCGAUUAAUGAGGAAGUAGGAUCUCUGGAUCAUCCCUUCCACGAAACAGCUCGAAGAACGAAAGUAAUUAGAGAUAUCCUGCCUGAUGAAGGAGAGGUUUUGAAUGAGAGAGAUUUUGAUACAAGUCUAUUCAAUGUGGCUUCUACAAAUGGUUUUGAUUGUGAAAAGAUGGAAAGUUUGGGGAAUUACCAGGACUAUAACGAUCUUCGAGUAUCCGAUUUGCCACUGGAAUUAUCAUUGAGUAAGGACCCUCAAGCAUUUGGCCAUAGAAGUAGUAUGAAUGCGAAUAUGGACGAUAAUAUUACUGAUCAGCUACCUUGUUCAUCUUCUAGAGAAUUGAACUGGUUUCGGCCUACUGUGAGGAAAAUAGGUUCUCUUAGACGUAAACGUUCGUGUGGGAGAUUUAUUAGACCGCUUAGUUCGUUAGAUAGUUGUGUGUUGUCUCAUCUUUACAAGGAACACGUUGAAAUGGAAGAGUAUAUCCUACAUUCGUUUCAAUCACCAUCUGAAUCAACCAGGAGGCAGCUCGUUGUAAACGGUGGAACCCGGAUGGCCAGCCGGGCAGCUAGGGACUCUUUUAGUGUUCAGGUCGAUAUGGAUGCAAGUAACUUCCAUAAAGAGCCAUUGAUUGAAAAGAACAGAAAUGUGUGUGGAUUACCUUUGCUUCCCAAAAUACAGUCUUUGAAGAACUAUGAGAUGAUAAACAUCAAGGGAGAAAGGAGACAAGGUGGAGCAAGCAGUGGCAGUCAAAUGCAUAAUGAGAAGCUCCUCCAUGGAGAAGAUCGAAUGCUUCCAUUCUAUCUUGGAUUUUCGAUCGGCUUAAUAUCAUCUUACGUGGCAAAUAAGCGAGAAAUAGACAAGCUCAAAGAGUUAUUAAAGCAUACUCAAAACUUGGUUCAAGAUCUACAAGAGGAACUUGAGAUGAAGGACUCUGUAACAGUGAAGGAGCUUUCAAAUGAGAAUUGUGAAUCACUAGACAUAUCUGAAAAUUCGUUCUUCGGUAGGAGAGAACGGAAUCUCGAUUCUUCGGCUAAAUCUGAUGAUAAGGAAUUAUUCGAACAAAACGCUGAAGAGGGGUCAGAAUCUCUGAGUAAAAUUGAAGCUGAGCUUGAAGCAGAACUCCAGAGAUUGGGACUUAAUACCCAUACGUCGAGUACAGAUCAACGAUUUUCUGAUCUUCAUGAGCUUGAACAAGAAUUUGCAGUAGAUUUCUCUGAAGGUGUGUUGAGAGCUGACAUUAUCAAUGGGCUAAGUGCUACUCAGCUUCAUGAAAUUCAAGUUGACAGUGAGAUUGCUUCUUCAGGUAACCACACAGUUUCACCCUGGGAGCUUAGCUUGCGACUACACGAAGUAAUCCAAUCGAGACUUGAAUCACGUGUGAGAGAACUCGAAACAGCCCUUGAGAAUAGCGAGAGGAAACUUCAGAGGGUCGAAACCAAGCAGAUCACUUCUUGGAAAGGAUUCACCUCAAGUGAACUGGUACAUUCAUCUAGUGAAGAAAGUCUUACUGCUCAACCUCUUGUUAUGAAUUUAGCGGGAGAAGCUCUGGAUGCCUACAAUGAGGCAUAUAAUGAGUUGAUCGAUACGGAUGACUCCGAAGAAGAGCUCGUGUGUCCACCAUCAGCAGUCGACGAAAGUAAGCAUCGACAAAGCAACACCGCCACAAACGGUCAUCGAUUUUCAAUCCCGACAAGCCUCAGUAGGAUACUUGUUAAGGAGAAAAUGAAGGAUUGUGAUUACAAGGUUCAGCAGUCAAAUGAUGGAGAUGAGAGCAGUGAUUAUGAUGAUGAGAUGGAGAAGCAGUUGAUAAAGCAGAUAGUGGAGAAAACCAGAAAGGGAUCCCCUGUGGUUCUGAAUGCACAAAGAUGGCUGUUUUCAAUGGAUAAAGACGUCUGAACCAUAAUGUAAUACUGAUCAAUCAUUAGUGUAAAACACCCAACAUUACCAUGAAUUAUUAUUGUUCUGCAAGAGCCUUCCUUUGGUCAUUGAUGACACUUUAUUUAAA